UCCUUGCUUUCUUGCUCCUGAAACCGAGAAUCUAUUCUUUUCUCCUCCUUAACCCACAACGGUUGGUUAACUGGCCCAUAACCCCCUUUCUGAUGGCCAAAACUGGUUAGAAAUUGAUAAAUUUCUCUCCAAUUCUGUACUCCUUUUUAUGAACUUUGAGUUGGAAAAGAUUCAAUUGUGGUUUAUUUUGUGGGUUGUCACUGUUUGAUUGCUUGCGGGGGAGUUUGAGUUGGAAAAGAUUCCAUCUUCUUGAUGGUUUCUUCGUGGGUUGCGGUUGGAUUUGUUGAGGUUUUCGGAGUUUAGAAUGAGCAUGAAGUUUGAUUAGCGUGUUUCUUGAAGUGGGUCUUGAGAUUUUUGAGUUGGGUUUGGUUCCUUUUUCGGAUAUUUGAGUAAUGGAGCCUCCAAAGGGGUUCUUGGCAACUCUUUGGAGUUUCCUCAGGUUCUUGCCUUAUUUUGUGGGCUUGCUGAUUUUGGGCAUCGUUAAAGGUGCAUUACUUUGCCCAGUUGUGUGCCUCAUCAUGACAAUUGGAAAUUCUGCCAUCAUCCUUGGGCUCUGGCCUGCCCACUCAGUCUGGACAUAUUACUGUGUAGUAAGAACCAAACAGCUAGGACCUAUUCUGAAGCUUGUCACUUGUAUUGUCAUAUCUGUUCUUUUAGUUCUGUGGCCUCUUGUUAGCAUUAUCGGAAGCAUAGUAGGAGGUGCUGGGUAUGGCUUCUUUGCACCAGUGUUAGCUACCUUUGAGGCUGUUGGAGAGGGAAAGACCAAUGAAUUUAUCCAUUGUUUUGUGGAUGGAACAUGGAGUACAAUCAAAGGAAGUUUCACAGUGGUCAGGGACCUGAAAGAUGUAUGCUUCUACUCCUAUUUCUCAGUUAUGGACGACCUCCGCCUUCAAGUCCCUCCAAAUGGAAAAGCCUACGAGAUCAGAUUGCUUCUAGUUAUUGGUGCAUUUUUGCUUGGAGUAUUCGGUAUCAUAGUCGACAUGCCAAUAAUCACUCUACUAGCUCUUUACAAGAGCCCAUACAUGCUUCUGAAGGGCUGGAAUCGCUUGUUUCAUGAUCUUAUAGGCCGAGAGGGUCCAUUCUUGGAGACUGCAUGCGUGCCUUUCGCUGGUCUUGCCAUUCUUCUUUGGCCCUUAGCAGUAGUUGGAUCAGUAGUGGCCUCUUUUCUAUCAAGUUUAUUUUUGGGUGGAUAUGCAUCUAUUGUCACUUACCAGGAGUCAUCAAUCAGGAUGGGGUUUUCCUAUGUAGUCUCUUCCUUGGCUAUUUAUGAUGAGUACAGCAAUGAUGUUCUUGAUAUGCCUGAAGGUUCUUGCUUCCCGAGGCGACCUUAUAGGAAGCAGGAGAUGCUUGGUGCUGCUUCAUUCUCAAGGCCUUCUUCUUUUCGGCAGAAUCAGGAACUGAAAAACAAUCCUCCUUCACGCACUGGGUCAGUCAAGAGUGCGAUAUCUGAACUGAAAUCGUUUAAGUUACUUGAACAACUAUUCACUGAAUGCAAGCGCUAUGGUGAGGCUCUUGUUUCUGAAGGGGUUAUAACCCGCAAAGACAUUGAAGAUUGCAAGUCUGGCAAGAGUGGCCGUACUGUAAUAAGUAUUGGAUUGCCAGCUUAUGCUAUCCUUCAGGCUCUUUUCCGUUCUGCAAAGGCCAACUCUGAUGGCAUACUGUUAAGCGACAACACGGAGAUAACAACUAGCAACCGACCAAAGGACAAAUUUUUUGAUUAUUUCUUUGAUCCGUUAUUGAUAAUGAAGGAGCAGAUUAGGAUUGAGAAUUUUACAGAUGAGGAAGAGGAGUAUCUGUCAAAAUUAGUCUUGUUGAUCAGUGAUCCUGAGAGAUUGAAGUCUCUUCAGGCUGAAUCACCACAAGCGAGUGAGAGAAGACAAGCAGAGAUCAAUGCAGUAGCUCGGAGGUUGCAGGGAAUUACAAAGUCUAUAUCAAGAUACCCGACAAUGAAACGCAGAUUUGACGAGCUUGUUAAAUCAUUUUCUCAAGAGCUUGAAAGAAAAUUUGGUGGGAGUCAGUCUACAAAUGGUUCUCAAUCUACUAACAGGAGAAUGAGAAGCGGCCUUGGCCGAAUGUUUAGUCAAAAAUCGUUUUCGAAUAACAGAGAAAAUACUCAAGAGAUUGAUGAGGAGGCUGCAAGAUUUACAGACAGUGGUUCUAUAGUUAUAGAGCAUGUUCAGUGAGAAAUCCUUUUCCCUUUUUGUAUUCUUUUCUGAAGAAUGUAAUUAUCUUUAAAAUGUUGUAUAUUAACACCAUCUGUUUGAUAUUAAAGUUGUUGCUGUGCUGGGGAGUGAGUGAUUUCACUUUGAAA